GACACCUUUCAAUGGCCAGCUCAGUCACCGUCUCGACCGUGGCCGAACAGCUCGUGUGUUGUGUCGUGUGUGGAAUAAAUUUAAAUUGAAGGAGCCUCAACUGUUCAAACGCAAUCCGAGCGGAUUAGUUCGUUGCUUUCCCGCGUGAAUUCAAACCUCCUGCAAGUUAACGGAAGCGCUGCAGUACGAUGCCAUUGCCAGUGUAUCUGAAGCGUGCAGUGUCGUUGUGUGGUUUCGAGUGCAGAUGCAGCUUGAUAUGUAGCCGUAUAUCAUCAACCUCCGAUCGAGGUGCCCACUCGGUGCAGUGAGUGCAGUAGGAUUACGUUCGACAUAGGGCAAACGGAUCGAUUUAAUCGCAUUGCAAUUGCGGGAGAAAAGUGAUUAUCGUUCGGUCGAUUGAUGGUAUCAAAACAGAGUAGGCUGUGUGGCAUCGGUGCCACCGCAAUUUCAGUGCUGUGUGGUGACGGUGUUUGUGUGUGAGUGUGUUUGUGUGUUUCAUAAAGUGUCUAACAUCCCUGUCGGUGGUGGCAUGAAUGCCGGAUACCUAACAGCGACCGUGCGUGUCGCUUGUGCUCUUGCCAAAGAAUUCCCCACCGGCCAUCUUGCAAAGUGUCGAAUGGCCUCCUCCUCCCGGUGUUGCAAGUGAGCAAUUUACACUAAACCAAGUGAAAAUUAACACCACAACCGCCCCUUGACGUGGAAGCUUCUCCCCCCCCCCCCCAUCGCGGUGUGUAUGAAUUUGUGCGCUCGCUGCUGAACUCGCUGCCGCACGGAGGCAGCCAACCAGUCUGGAUGUACCUGGCAGCCGGAUUACUCAACAUCAUGGAUAUCUCCCUCCAGCAUGAAUAUCUGCAGGAGUAUCUUCAAAGUGCGGCCGCGAUGGCCAACUUUUCCGGCGCCAACCCGUACGGGCUGGGCGGGUUCGGGGGGCUCGCGCCGAACGGUACCGGACUGCUCGGCGGGCUGGACAAGAAUGGCACCGAAGUCACCAUCACAGCGCCAGGGCACACCGACUCCACCGUGGCCGUCAUCAUCGUGUACUGCGUCCUAUUUGUGAUAGCGGCCGGCGGCAAUCUGUCGGUUGUCAUAACACUGUUCCGCUCCAGGCGCCACCGUCGGUCCCGCGUCAGCCUCAUGAUCUGCCAUCUGGCGGUGGCCGAUCUGAUGGUUGCGUUCAUCAUGAUUCCACUGGAGGUGGGAUGGCGCAUCACGGUGCAGUGGCACGCCGGGAACGUCGCGUGCAAGGUGUUCCUGUUUAUGCGCGCCUUCUGUCUGUAUCUGAGCUCGAACGUGCUGGUGUGCGUGUCGCUCGACCGCUGCUUUGCUGUGAUAUAUCCGUUGCGCGUGUCGGCCGCCCGGAAGCGGGGCAAAAUUAUGCUCGGAGGCGCUUGGUUCAUCGCGUUCGUCAACGCGAUGCCACAGAGUAUCAUUUUCCGCGUGCAGCAACAUCCACAGGUGCCGGGGUUUACGCAGUGCGUCACCUUCGGCUUCUUCGCUACGCCAGGGCUCGAGACGGCCUACAACCUGUUCUGCGUGAUAGCCAUGUACUUCCUGCCGCUGAUGAUCAUCAGUGGCGCCUACACUGUGAUCCUGUGCGAAAUCUCCAACCGGUCGCGGGAGAAGGAGACGAGCGAUUCCAACUCCACCGGAACGAUGCGGCUGCGAUGUAACGACCUAACGCACAUCGAACGCGCCCGGCAGCGCACCUUGCGCCUUACCAUCACGAUUGUGGUCGUGUUCGUUUGGUGCUGGACGCCGUACGUCGUGAUGACCCUCUGGUACAUGUUCGACCGGGAAAGCGCCGCCAAGGUGGACGUCGCCGUCCAGGACGGGUUGUUUUUGAUGGCCGUCUCGAACUCGUGCAUGAACCCGCUAGUGUACGGGUCGUACGCGAUGAAAUGUCGGCUACCCUGUCGACGCCGCAACACGCUCGGUGGCGCCCAAACACCCAAUGCAGCCCAGCGACGCUCCACAGAUGCCGUCUCGGGAAUCAUUGGACCGCACUCGGACCGUCUGACCGGCCGGGACAAUAAGGAUGAGCUGCUGGUAGCGGACCAUCGGAGCAUAACGAUGAACCAUCUCAACCAAAACGGUACCAUUGCCCUGCUACAACCGACAGCAUCCCUGCUGCGUUCGACGGGCGGUGGCACGGGCGCCGGUGCGGGUGCAGCCGGUCCCGGCACGAGCGGGGUAAUUGCCGGUGGCUCCGGCCUGGCUACGACGGCAACGACCCGCUUCUACAAUCGGCUCAGCAGUGGCAACAACACCGCCAACAACAACGGCAACUAUCACAACAACACGGCAAAGCACACGUCAGCGACAGGAAGCAAAACAGGACCAUCGGUGAGCGGUCUGCUGGGAAUCCAUCGCAAGGGUGGCGGAAAAGAGCACAACGCGCGGACCGGUGGCUACUGGACUGGCGGCAGUGGCAAGGGAUGCCAGCCGAGCUACAGCGAGUUCGCAAUGCUGGCCGACGAGCAUUCGCUGAUGCUGUCCCGACCGUCCUUCUACUCCGAUCCGACGCCCCACGAGCUCGACUCCUCGGUGGAGUGUGGACUGACCCGCAGCCUGGACACGGGCGGCUGGCGAUGAUGAUCGCAGCGCUGCUGGUGAGCCGCCCAGUACGACUCGCUGGCGAUCGCGACGGUGGUAGUCGUACGCAACGGGCUCAUUAAAACCAUCGACGCCCGCCAUCAGCAUCACCGGUCGAUACCGGCACGCAUGGAGCAGCAGGUGUGAGACGGUUUGCGCUCGCCCGCGCACCCGCUUCAGUGUUAGCUAGCGGAUGUAAAAUGUUAACAGAUGCUAAAUACUUUUUCAAAUUUUAUUAACUCAAAAUAAAGGGCCGGGGAAGUGGGCGUAAAGUGUAGGAAUAAAGGGAAGGUUUCAGGCAGGAGUUUGAGUGGAUGAAGUACAAUUAAAAAGGAAUUACGAGCAGCGAUGUGGCAGGGCAGGCUGGCAGGACGAAACGUGACUUGUGAUGAGUGAAAACCUAGAUACAAACUUACUACGCUAAGCAAAACCACAGCCCCAUUUUGCAGCAACGGAAUGAUAGCCUACGACAGAAGGGACAAAAGCCCCGGAAACUGAAAUCGGAAUGGUACACGCAGAUUGUGUCACGGAACCCAGAACCGCAGGAUUGUCGUGUGCAUAGGUAUUUAUAUACAGCAGAACUGGAGUGCAUAUUUUUCCUACGAAUAGCUCUUAACAUAGUAAAUGUACAAACUCGAUGGAUAAUUGAUGAGUGAAAUUUAAAUCCAAUCAACUAGAUAUUCCUACUAGAUGGAAUGCGCAUGUUUGGUGAAGCAGCAGUGCGCACCAGCGUGCGCCAGUGUCAUUUGAAUUGUUGCGUGUUACGAUAAGCUGCAGCAAAAGUGCACAACGUUGUUCCCAGUUUGCAUGGUAUCGCUCCGAAAGGAGCGAAACAUAC